GAACAGAGGGCUCGUGAGAUAAGAAAACGCUGUUUUUAAAACGACUUUUAACCAAAAUAUAUCAACAAAAAAUAUCAAAUAUAAGCUGGAAUAGAAGAAAAAAAGGAAUUCGCGAUAACGGGACGAGAGAAUUUUAUAAAUAAGGUCUCCUGCCCCCCAACCCCUCAGCAAUGGCAGCGAUGCGGGUGAGCCUGGCCGAAGCCGGGCUGGUGAAGAAGCCGUCUCACUCGGCAGCGACUCGGGUUCGAGUGUCGGUGAGGCUGCGCCCCUAUAUGAGCCGGGAUGAUGAGGGGAAGGAGGGGCUGUGCGUGCGGGGUACAGGAAACCAGUCCCUCGAAAUCCUUAACUGGAGGAACACCAUGGAAACCAUGAGCUACCAGUUUGAUGCGUUCUAUGGAGAGAACUCCUCUCAGCAGGAGGUGUACACCGGCUCAGUGAAGCCGGUUCUGUCUCACCUGCUGACUGGCCAGAACACCAGCGUCUUCGCAUACGGGCCGACAGGGGCAGGUAAGACUCACACCAUGCUGGGCGGAGCGGAGGAGCCGGGAGUGAUCCCCAGGGCUGUGAGGGACGUGUUCCAGAUGGUGAGGGAGGAGAGCGGCCUGCCAGCCAGCCAGGACUGGGAGCACAGUGUGAGCAUGUCCUACCUGGAGAUCUACAACGAGAAGGUUUUGGACCUGCUUGAGCCCCAGGACCAGGACCUGCCGAUCCGAGAGGAUAAAGACAAAAACAUCCUGAUCCCGGGCCUAACCCAGAGAACCAUCGGCUCCUUUUCAGAGUUUGAGAGCCAUUUCCUCCCAGCCAGCCAGAACCGCACCAUGGCCAGCACCAAACUGAACACGCGGUCCAGCCGGAGCCACACGGUGCUGCUGAUCAGGGUAGUCAAGUCCCAGCGCGUUCUUCCCUUCAGACAGCUCACUGGGAAGCUCUACCUGAUAGACCUGGCCGGCUCGGAAGAUAACAGGCGGACCGGGAACCAGGGGAUCCGGCUGAAGGAGAGCGGGGCUAUCAACUCCUCCCUGUUUGUGCUGAGCAAGGUGGUGGACUCCCUGAACCAGGGUCUGGCCAGAGUACCUUACAGGGACAGCAAGCUCACCAGACUACUGCAGGAUUCCCUGGGUGGCUCAGCUCACAGUGUGAUGAUCACGAACAUCGCCCCGGAGCAGAAAUAUUACUUUGACACGCUGACUGCUCUCAACUUUGCUGCUAAAUCCAAACAGGUCAUCAACAAGCCCUUCACCAGAGAGACGCUGCAGACUGCCGCUUUGAAGAGACCGAGAGAAGAAGCAGCUCCCAAUGGAAACGCUCUCAAGAAGAUAGCCAAGGAGUCUCGUGACAGCAGCGCUGAGAUUUCCGAUGUCUCUCCUACAGCGUGCAGCCCCCCUGUGGCGAUGUUUGACCCCUCGGUGAUGGUGAGGCUGCUCACCCUGGAGAAGAUGAUGAAAGGAACCCCAGAGAAGGAGAGGCUGAACCUGCUGCGCACUGUGCAGGAGAGCAGACAGGAGAUCAAGGAGCUGCAAUUGAAGCAGAAGGAGUUGGAAGAGCAAGCUCUGGCUGCCCAGUCUCUGUUGGCAGAGACUCGCAAAGCCGCUGCUGCUGCUCCCAGUAUUCCCCUGCACCGCAAAACCAGCACGGCCAAGCCCUUGAGACAGCGAGCCAUCGUCGCUUCACAGCAGGUGUGUCCAGUGCAGCCUCUGUCUUCCUCCAUAAUGACCUGCAAGGCUGAGAAGAGGAAGAUGAAGGUAUCCGAGUCCGACGUCCCGGAAAACGAGGAGAGCUUGGAGACUCGGCUGGACUCUGCGGUCCUGCAGAGGUCCCGGGAUCGGAUCCUGAACCUCUUGAACACGGGAUCCCUGAAAGAGCUGAAGGGAUUGCAGAAGAUCGGAGACAAGAAGGCAAAGCUGAUCAUAGGCUGGAGAGAGAUCAACGGGGCCUUCACACAGGUUGAAGAUUUAGGAAACAUAGAAGGCAUUUCGGCAAAGCUGCUAACUUCAUUUCUAAAGGUGAAUAUCCUGAGUGCGAUCACACACUGACUGCUUCAGCGUCUUCAUUUUGUGCAUACAUUUAUUUUCAUUUAUUUAUUUGUUUUGCCGCUAUGUGUAUUUAAAAUGCAAAGUUGUGGUUUUAUAUUUAUUUAUGUUAACCUUUAUUUCUGUUCAUUUUUAAUAAAGGAAUUUAUACCUUU